UAACGCGUACAGGCUAUUCAGUCUUCGCGUUCCCGCCGCCUGUUUUCUUCUUCCUCUUCGCUCUUUCUCUCUCUGAAAGUUCUUAAAAGUUGCUCAUUAAAGGAGCCAAACUGUAACCAAAAAAAAAAAACUAUAUAGGGGCUUUGAUUUUCUUUUUAAGAAAAAACAGAGGUUGAGCCUCGGAAGUUCUCUAAUGGCGAAGUCAAAGAACAAGGCGAAAAAGCUUUCGUACAUCUCUGUCCCAUCUCAGAUCAUCAACUCUUUAUCAUCCUCGUCUCUUCAAUCUCUCCUUCUCUCGCCCAAGAAAUCGUCAAGAAACAAUAGGUUAUUAAGCUUAUUGAACACUUACAGAAGACCAAGAUUCUGGUUUUACUCUCUGUUUCUCUUUGCUCUUUUUGGUAUGUUAAAGUUGGGGUUCAAUCUUGACCAUUUGGUGCCCUUUUCUCCAUACCCGUGUGUUACAAGUCAAAGCCAGGGCUUAAGCUCAAAUGGGGUUUCAAAAACAGAGAAAAUGGAUGUUGCCACAAAUGGUGAGGAGAGUGAAAAAAACGGUUUGUUGACCAAGUUUAGCGCUUCACAGACAUUAGCUUCAAAUGGGUAUUCGGAGUUAGAGGAGAGUAAUGAGAAGAACGAGUUCUGGAAACAGCCAGAUGGGUUGGGGUACAAGCCUUGUUUAACGUUCACAAGAGAGUAUAGGAGAGUAAGUGAGGGGAUUGUAAACAACCGGAGAAAGUACUUGAUGGUUGUCGUUUCGGGUGGAUUGAAUCAGCAGAGGAAUCAGAUUGUUGAUGCUGUGAUCAUUGCUAGGAUUCUUGGAGCUGCUCUGGUCGUUCCUGUCUUACAAGUCAAUGUCAUUUGGGGAGAUGAAAGUGAGUUCUCUGAUAUAUUCGAUUUGGAUCACUUCAAAAGAGUUUUGGCACAGGACGUGCGUAUGGUCUCGUCACUGCCAUCGACGCAUAUCAUGACGAGGCCGGUAGAAGAGAAACUGACACCCCUUCACGCUUCUCCCACCUGGAUUAGGUCCCGUUAUCAUAAAAGGAUUAACAGGGAUGGAGUCUUACUUUUACGAAGUUUGGACUCAAAACUCUCCAAGGAUCUUCCUUCUGAUCUUCAGAAGCUUCGUUGCAAGGUUGCAUUUCAUGCAUUGAGGUUUGCUCCACCAAUAUUAGACCUCGGUAACAAGCUGGCAGAGAGGAUGAGGAGUAAAGGGCCAUACCUUGCCCUGCAUCUACGGAUGGAGAAGGAUGUGUGGGUGAGGACUGGUUGCCUUCCCGGUUUGAGCCCUGAAUAUGAUGAGAUUGUUAGCAACGAGAGGAAACAACGCCCGGAACUCCUUACUGCACGAUCUAACAUGACUUACCAUGAUAGAAAGCUUGCAGGUCUCUGCCCUUUAAAUGCUCUGGAAGUGACCAGGCUGCUUAAAGCUCUAGGAGCUCCAAGAAAUGCAAGAAUAUAUUGGGCUGGUGGGCAACCGCUGGGUGGAAAAGAAGCUUUGCUUCCAUUAACGAAUGAAUUUCCCAAUUUCUAUAACAAGGAAGAUCUUGCCUUGCCUGGAGAACUGGAACCAUUUGCUAAUAGAGCUUCGGUUAUGGCUGCCAUUGACUAUAUUGUCUCCGAGAAUAGUAAUGUGUUCAUGCCAUCUCAUGGGGGAAACAUGGGCCAUGCGAUACAGGGUCACCGAGCUUAUGCAGGACACAAGAAGUACAUAACUCCAAACAAAAGACAGAUGCUUCCUCAUUUCCUCAACUCUUCUCUCCCAGCAGCAGAGUUCAAGAGUAUCAUAAGCUACUUGCACCGCGACUCUUUUGGGCAGCCAGACCUCAGAACCAGUAAAGCUGGAAGGGAUGUCACAAAGUUUCCAAUUCCCGAGUGUAUGUGCAAUGAUUCGCACUCUCACUCUGGUACCUGAACUGGUUACCCGAGUGUAUGUGUAAUGAUUCGCACUCUCACUCUGGUACCUGAACUGGUUACCGCCGAAGUGUAAUUUCCAACUACAACACUGCAUUGGCUACAACAGAUUGCUUGAAUCUGAUUGAAGCAUAUUUUGGUGAAUCCAUUGGAUUGGAGCCCCCUUUGAAGAGCAGUGGUGUUUCUCUUCAGGGCAAUGAUGAUUCUUUGUGUUAACCAUUUUUCCCAGGCCAUCUCAGGCCACAACACUCUUAGGCGUCAUGCUUGCUUAAACCAUUUGGGUGCUUCCCAAAGUACAUGAAUUAUUGUGAUGCAAGCUGGUGGAUCCCCCUUGAAGGACAAGAAUAUUAAUGCCACACCUUUCCAUACCUUUUAUUCUUUGAUUCUUUUAUACCAUUUCAUAUAGAAAAAAGUAAUACAGAACAGUCUUCUAUCCCAUUCAAUUCUUUUCUUUUCUUCUUUCCACUUUCUUAUUCGUACGUGUAUAAACGCACAUAUCAAAAUACGUGUAUAUUUUGUAUAAUAAUGUAAAAUCUGUUAUGUAACAAGUAUUUAUGUUAUCCAAGUAUUGUAAGCUUGGAGCAUGAGUUGGUAUUAGUUAAAUAAUUGAUAAUAUAAUGUGGAAUUCUGUUUUUA